AAGGCCGCUCCUUUCAACGUCACUUCCGGGAGCGCCUCUAUCUUAUGUAUCCGCGCAUUUCACGUUUUUCCUCCGUGAAGCUUUCGGGCCGAGAGGAUCCAGAGCAGAAUCUGCGGGUAAAGUUUCUACUUAACAGAAAUGACUGAGGCAGAAGUAAAUCCAAAAGCUUAUCCUCUUGCUGAUGCUCAGCUGACCAAGACACUACUAGAUCUUGUACAGCAGUCUUGUAACUACAAACAGUUACGCAAAGGAGCCAAUGAAGCCACUAAAACUUUGAACAGAGGAAUUGCGGAAUUCAUUGUGAUGGCUGCAGAUGCUGAACCUCUUGAAAUUAUCCUUCAUCUCCCACUACUUUGUGAAGACAAGAAUGUGCCCUAUGUGUUUGUGCGUUCCAAGCAAGCUUUAGGAAGGGCAUGUGGUGUUUCUCGGCCUGUUAUUGCCUGUUCCAUUACUAUCAAAGAAGGCUCACAACUCAAGCCUCAAAUUAAUUCUGUCCAACAAUCUAUUGAAAGACUAUUGGUCUAAAUCUGACAGUAACUCCAAAAACCAAGACGUUAUAUGAAUAUUUUGUUUAACAGCUAUUGUUUUACAAUGUAAGUCAUGCUCUUAUAGAUGGCCAUAUAAAUGAUUGAUUAAUAAAUGUUUAUUAGGUUUUUGAAUCUAGAUUACUUUCUUCAGUCAUAGGUGGUUGUUUAGGCCAAUAAUUGGAGAUUGCUUGUUCUUUUAAGUCAAGAAGAGACAAAUUCAUACCCUCAAUAUUUAGGACAAUAAUUUGCAGUUACCUGGCAGUAAAGACCCUAACCAUAACCGUAAUCCCAGAUUGCUGAAGCUGGUGAGCAGCUUGCUGAUUUUAAGGCGGGGAAACCUGGAAACCCUGCAGCAUGGUCAAAUGUUUUCAACUUACUUUUUUAUGGAUUUUGAGAGUGGGAAUUGGAGGCUUUCCAGAGAACCUGCCUGAAUUUCUAUCCUAAAAAUACCCUAAUGUUCAGAAAAUGGGCUAAGCUUGCUGUCAGAAUUCAGCAAGUUUACCAGUGUAUUUCAGUGACAUGACCUCAGGAUGCUUGGGGGCCAAAUGGGGACUGCACAUUGUUCAUCUCUACUUGAAAGUGUAUUAGGUUGCAUAUCCCUGCUUUAAAUCUGU